CCGUCCUUUGAAUAGAUGCUCCGCGUCCAUGCUUUCAGGGGUCACGUUCCUUGUCAGCACAUGUCCUCGGCCCAGUGGAACAAUUCGUAUAUAAUUUCGGGGUUUGCACAACCUGCAAUCUCUGAUUCUUGGUCCACGUUCAACUCAAUCCUACGCCAGGCAUUCUUUUGCUGUCACUCCACCCAAGAACAUACACCAUGUCCCCUAUAGACUCCCCCGUCGUCCCCAAGGGCUCCCUUGUGGUAGUCACUGGCGCCACUGGCCUCAUUGGCUCGCACAUUGCCGACCAGUUUCUGCAGCGCGGCUACAAGGUCCGAGCGACGACUCGCGAUGUGAGCAAAAACGCCUGGCUCUCCAACCUCUUUGCGGAGAAAUACGGCGCCGCCAACUUCUCGCUCGUUGCAGUUCCCGACAUGACGGCUCCCAACGCCUUCGAUGCCAUCGUAAAGGGGGCAGCAGUGGUCGUACACACCGCGACCGACACAACCCUCAGCCCGGACCCGACUAUCGUCAUUCCCGGGGCCGUCGGGAUGGUGCUAGGCGCGAUGCGCUCCGCGGCCAAAGAGCCCUCGGUGAAGCGCUUUGUGCUCACCUCGUCCUCUUCCGCGGCGCUCGUGCCCAAGCCAGACACGCCGGGCACGGUGACCGUGGACACCUGGAACGACGAGUGGGUCGAGCUCGCGAACCGGCCGCCGCCGUACGAGCCUGAGCGCGCCUAUGCCGUGUACGCCGCGUCCAAGACGGUAGCAGAGAAGGAGGCGUGGAGGUUCAUGCAGGAGGACAAGCCGACGUUUAAGUUCAAUGCUGUGCUGCCCAACAUGAACCUUGGCAAGAGCCUUGAUGUUGUCAACCAGGGCCAUCCUACGACUGCGGGAUUGCUGGCUGCGUUGUUCCAGGGGGACUCGAAGCCUUUACUGCUUGUUCCACCUCAGUACUUUGUUGAUGUGCAGGACACCGCUCGCCUGCACGUGGCCGCAGCCAUACAUCCAGAAGUCGUGUCGGAACGGAUCUUUGCGUUUGCAGAGCCCGUAAGCGGAGAUGCGCUGCUGGAUAUACUACGCAAAAUGUAUCCACACAAGACGUUCCCAGAGAACUUUCAGCCGGGACGAGACCUGAAUGAGAUUGUGCCCCGUGCGAGGGCGGAGAAACUGCUCCGCGACAUGGGCCAGGACGGUUGGACUAGCUUGGAGCAGAGUGUGAGGUGGAAUACGGAGGAUUUGGAGUAGAUCACUUCAGUCAAUUAUAUAUCGGUGCAAGCUGGAUGGUAAAAAAGCAAGUCUAGGCAUCAUAAAUCAAAUAUCUAUGUCGCA